UGGAGCGCAGUGCCCGACACCAGGUCCCGAACGCCACUACGAGGCGCACGUCCGGCACAGUCCACUCAGAGAUACGACCGAUGCCGGACCAUAACUGCCGCUGGUCCACGCCGGAGCACCAGCAUCCGACGUAUCCAGGACCACAACAACAAGUGAAACUUCAAUAAACAAUUGAAUUUCUCGAUUGAUUUUUUUUUCCAAAAUAAUAAUUCCUCGAAAGAACAAUUUUUACACUUUAUUUUCUCGAUUUUGUUCCCCAGAGUUGGCGAAUGUGAACUCGAGAGACAGUUCCGAGGAACAUUGUUGUUUACUUUGUUAUUGCCUGUGACGCGUAGUGUAAUGUGAACAUUUUUUAACUCAUCAUGAAUUGACAGUGAAGUUCGUUCAGCACCUGAGGAUUAUUGUUUGUUUUGAUGUUUUAUUAUUUGAAUUGAAAAUCACAAAUGACGAUGCAGUGACAGACCCUGAGGACUUGUCAGUGGGCUAGUGGAUCCGUUGUUUUAAUUGCUUGGUUUUUCAUCGCUGGUAAGAGAUAUCAAUGUCAAGUGUUGCGCGAAAAGCCAAUGAAACUCUUGAUAAAAGUGUCAACAAGUGCUGGACCAGAAUGCAGGCCCUGAGGGCUUUCAGGGUGAGCAGCGGAAAAGGUGUGAGCAUGUGACGCGCGAAUAUCAGAAAUAUUUCCAACAAAUUGGUACCGGUGAAUAGGAGAUACUGAUUGGACAGCACAUGCGACGGCGAAAAAACGCGCAUUAUUGGCGAUCCGAGGUGAUCAGUCGGUUCGUUUAUUUUUUUUUUAUCAUUUAUUUAUUUUUUAAUGUUGAUGAACUGUAAAUCCGAUGAGGACGGUGGGUGAAAACAAGUGAGGGCCGAGGGAGCGCGAGCCUUUUGUUCGUCGGCCGUUGACCGUUUUAAAAUAAUUUAUUUGAAAAAUCGGUUAUCGAGACUAGCGAGAUAUCGCAGGACAACUGAGCCAUCGCCUGUAGCCAGACCAGUUCCAACAUCGUCAUCAUGAGGAUCAAAAUGCCAGCAGUUCGCAUCGCGCAAGCGGAAACGUCACAAGGAACUGCCUCCCCCGAUACCGUCCAAUGUGGUGGCUGUCGUGCCUCAUACCCCCUCGGCGAAAUAGUCCGUUUCAUUGAGCACAAGGUCAACCACUGUCGAAGCAGUCUCCAGGGCUGUCACAGUCCGCCCCCAGCGGCGGCGCACGAAGACUCCGACCCGGAGGACGCCCUGGCCCUCAAAGUCGUGGACCCUGAAAAAUUGAAUUCAGUGCCGAGCAUAUCGGCGCCGAUCAACAAGCGAUCAGGCAGGGUUGAGAGCCCACCAACACCCCAGGGCAAUCCCACCGACACUGGUAGCCCAAUCGAACUCCGGGCCAGCGCCAGCUCAACGCCAAAGAGACGAACCGAGGGGAGCGACGAUGAUAAGGAGGAAGCCACCAAGAAACCUAAGACAGAGUCGGUUGAUGCUGAUACCAAUACCAUCAAUUCCGAGCCAAGAUGUCUGCCAUGUUCGCAGUGCUCUCGUCGAUUGAACUCCGCAUGGGAAUUGAUACAACAUGCACAGAGUGCACACGGUGCGAGGUUGUACGGUUCUUCAAGUUCGACGGCAAAUUCCUCAUCGAAUACCCCAGCACCUAGUCCACCAACGCCGACACCAAGUCAUUCCCACCACCUGAGCCCACCCAAUCACCUCAACCUCAGUGGAAAGUCAACGGGUAGUUCAUCAGCAGCGAAUUCAUCUGGCGGUACAAACUCCAGCGGUAGCAGUGGACGACAGCAGUUGCAAUCGUCGGCUUCAUUAGUUGGUGAUCCUUUACAUAGUUUCCUGAGAUUACCCCAGCACCUGGAGAGGAGUUUUCCACCGAUGUUCAGGCCCGAUUUUCUGGCGUUGAAUCCCUUGGCUGGAUACAGAGGGUUACAGGAUCUACAGACAGCAACUAGAAAUCUCCAGAAUCUCGGGGAUCCUCUCCGAGGUAUGGAUGGACUGAAUCUGGGGGAUCCUCUCGUCCGAAGUUCCCUCGAUUCCCUGAAUAAUGCAAGAAACCUAGCAAAUCUAACGGAAUUAUCACACGGUAGAUUGUCCAGUCAAGGACAUCCACCACAACUCGAAGCGAACCUGGAUUUUUAUUCGGCGCGCCUAAGGAGCCUCGCUAACCCAACCUUAGGCGCGACGCCUAAGGACGGGUUCCCACCACCCAAUACAACAUCAGUAUUACCACUUCAACAGUCCCAACAACAGCACACAUCGGAUUCAUCUAGUCCUGCUUUAACGAAUCCCACAAAUCUCGUGGCACACGCUCACUCCCAGAAGGAGAAUUCACCACCUUGUUACACGCAAAGUCCCCUUGGCCAUCACAACAAUAAUAAUUCAACGGACAGUGAGAAAGCCAGUCCACCAGCAAUAUCAACACCGAUAAUGGCCGACUCGGCGGAGACAGUGUACACGUGUGAAGUGUGUGAUAAAAAAUUCCGAUUCCAGUCGAAUCUCAUUGUUCAUCGUAGAAGUCAUCAGGAGAAGGAGAGACAAUUCCAGGACAAUCGGGAUGGAUUGGCUGUAGCAAGAUGCGAGGUCUGCGAACUCGAGCUAUCGAAUUCCAGUGAGUUAAGGAGGCACAUGAAGAAGGAGCAUCAGGAGUCGCUGAACGCUGCCAGUCCUCAAGGAAGUGUUGAGACUGUUCUCGACGAUGGCUCCAGUUGCGAUGAGAACAUGGACCUCGACGAGGCUGAUGAGAAUGACCAGAAACUCCGUGACGAUGCCGAGGAGAACACACCGGAGGACUUGAGCACAACUCAGGGACAGAGUAGUGAAGAAUGCAGCGGAAGGACUGAGUCUAAACCCAGCUUAGUCGGUGACCUCAUGGAGAAGUUUGGCUUAAACAACAUAGCACAGUACUCGGAAGCUUAUCGGCAAGCACUCCAGGAGAAUCACCGCGGUGGUUUGAUUAAAACAGAAUCCCCCUCCAGCCUUACUAACUCCCUAAACAACAACAAGGAGACGGACAGUGCAUUAUCACCGACAAACUUCAACUCCUCAGGAAGAGCCAAUAUAUUUUCUGGUCAGGGCUUUCCCAGAACAGGGCCGGACUUCGGUGGCCUGUGGUUACCAAGUCCCCAUUAUCUGGAGACUAAUGAAUUUCGUAAAGUAUCGAAAGCAACGACAUCCAGUCUCACACUCCAGGGAUUACCCAGCCCCCUCAUGAAGAAGGAACGAAGUGGUAGAAAUGAUACAUGUGAAUUCUGCGGUAAAGUCUUCAAAAAUUGUUCAAAUCUCACUGUUCAUCGGCGCUCCCACACCGGUGAAAAGCCCUACAAAUGUGAACUCUGUACCUACGCUUGUGCGCAAAGUUCAAAGCUCACCAGACACAUGAAGACACAUGGCAGACAUGGCAAGGACACGUACAAGUGUCGCUUCUGCGAAAUGCCGUUCUCCGUACCGAGUACCUUAGAGAAGCACAUGAGAAAGUGCGUUGUCGUUGUUCAACAGGGGCCGAAAAUAGGUCUCCCUUAUCCUGGCAGUCAGGAUGAGGACUCAUCGCUCAGUACCAAGGACACUUGAUCCUGGAAUGGCAGCCUACAGCAACCAAUGCCACUCAUACCGCCCAUACCAUCACUGUGGCCGCACAGGCCGCCAUAUCCAGUCUACUGAGACAUAAUCGGACCAACCAAUCAACUUGGUACUGAAUUCCAAAUCAGGAUGACACCUGACGAUAUCUUCCACGAUUUAGUUAUAACCUGUCGGCAAUCUCCGCGUUAUUCAUUCCCCCACCCCCUCCCCUUCCCAAAUUGACGCCCGUGUCCGAAAGAAGUCGAAUCUCAAGGGGUGAGCAACCCUUUAACACAAUUGCCGAGAAUUUUAAUUAGAUAUUAAAAGAAAUAAAUUAAUCCGAUUCAUUGAAAAUGGUUACCACUGAGAAGUUCUCAGCAACGAGUCUCAACAAUGGAACAGAACCACAAAAUUAUAAUCAAUAUAAAUAGUUAUAAAUAACUCAAACUUAACACGUACAUGUGAAUAUAAAUACUGAAUAUAAAUAAAAAAUCGAUAUAUAAAUAUAUAAAUACGAAGGUAUAAAUACAGAUAUAAAUAUUUACAUAGGAAUUAAAACAAAUUACACGAAAAAUAGUGCACUUUAUUAUCGCAUUGAAGAUUAUUUAUUUAUUAAUAUAUUGUAUGACUUGAUAUAUUGUGAGGGAGUAAUUGACUCGCGAUGCAUAAUUAUUAAGUGAAAAAAACGUAUUAGGAGGGAAAGAUGGAACGUGGUGUUUUUUUUUGUUUGUAAAUUGAUGAGUGACACAUGUGAAACGGUUCAGUGGCACUUGUACUUGUGUAAAAUGUACCAUAAUUAUUAUUAUCAUUAUUCAUUAUUAUUACAUUUUUAUUAUUAGUAUAUUAUGUUUAUGAAUUGUGUAUUUGACUUUAUGGGCUAUUAUUAUUACCAUUAUUAUUAGCAUUAUUCAUUAUUAUUGUGUCGUUGUGCUUGCAACGUUAACAUUUAUUUUAUUUCGAAAAGAAAAAAAACUAAAUUACCAAUUAUUAUUGCAGAGAAAAUUUUUGAAAAAAAAAUUGGAAAAAAAAUUCACUUGUUUUCUGAGAGGUUAAAGAAGAUGCCAAAGUUGUCUAGGUUUAUCGUUUCUUCCCUAUUUAUUUUUAUUAAUGGAAUAAUUGCGAGGUCCAUUGGCGGUUCCAAUUGUUUAUCCCCAUUACUUUGAAUUAAUGAGAUAGCAGCUGAUAUCUUAGAAUCACUUUCAGGAUUGUAAAUUAUUAUUUUCCCUUCCCAUUCACCCGCUGAAGACUGACCGUACGUUUGAAAUAAUUGAAUCGUUUUUUCCUUCCUCUUAUUAUUUCCGUAAUUAUAAGUAGACUAUCGUGUUUCCUUCCCCCCUCUCCCCCCCCCCCUCGUUGUAAACGUUUUCGAAGAAAACUGUUCCUAAAAAAAAUAUAGGCAAUAAGUCGAUAAUUGAUACCCGUGCAAGUGUGAUUUUGAAUGAGCGAUUGGAAUUGAUCGAGUGAUUGUAACGAAAAAAAAAGGAAAAUGAAAUUAAAACAUAAAGUAAAAAAAAACACUCAUAUCAGAUAGUUUUUUCGAUGUUAGACAUGAAUGGUUUUAGAUAAAAAAAAAAUUUUAAGUAUUAAAGAAAAAUAGCGAAUAAAAGACACAAUCAUACGUCAAGUGAAAGAACAUGCAAUCUCGUUAUCAUUUUCAGGAGGAUGGGGAAUUUGUUACGUCAUUCUGAGAUACAAUACUCGUCAAACAAUGUUUAUGUAAACUCGAUCCUAUACUGUAUAUAAUGGCACUGCCCGCAAGCACAACACAUGAGCCGAGAAACGGGAGCAAGCACAUGGUCCUUGGAAAUUACACCUGAUUUUUAACGACACGAAUGAAGAUUAAUCGAAUACUUGAGCUUAUUAACGGGAAAACAAAAAUCAGUAAAUUAUAGAGAUGAAUUUUUAAAAGAAUGGGAAAUUGGGCAAAAAAUCUAGAGUACGUCUCGCUGUAUCUCCAUAUGACUAGUGUUCAUGAUAAAUUAUCAGCAAGUCUCCUAUUCUUCUUCCUCAAAUGUUGGCAGUUUUAGUUUGUACUCGAGAGAGAAAAAAAAAUAUACUUGAGAUGAAAAAUGUCACGAAUAAAAAUUUGUGUUAUCAUUUUUCCACGAAAAAUCAUCGCUUUUUAUUUCAUUUUUGGAAAAUCACCCUCAUCACACCCCUCUCCUCCCCCCUCCCAAUUUUUAUCAUGCAAUAAACAAUAUUCUGGGCGUCGUCGAGUGACUAAUGAGCGAGUGGAUCAAGUCCCCGAAUUUCAAUCGUCACUGGAGCUAUAAAUAAUCUCGCUCAAUAAAUAAUUCGACGGCAUUUUUUUACACAGGGUAAAUCUAUAAAAAAAUGAAUAUUCAAGAGAAAUAAGAAGAGUAAAAACCGUAGAGUCACAAGGGCUAAAACUAGUACUAUGAGAUAAAACUGGUAUUUCGUGUAUAAUAAUGGAGUAAAUAAAGAAAUAAAUAUACGACGAGAAAAAAAAAUAUUAACGACGAAGUUUGAAUCGAGGGUGAACAUUGUAGAGAAAAAAACGUGACGAAAAAUAAUCGAAACCUAGCAAAAUGAAUUAUGUCUAAGUUCAGGGUAAUUAAUCCAAGUCUAAGUUAGAUCUAGGAGAUACGUAAACCUGGAUUAAGAUACUUAGUGGCUAUAAAUAGCUGAAUGAAAAACUUAUCUCACUGUAAUUUUUAACACAAAACAACAGACAAGUGCGAGCUCGAUUAGCCGAGUUCAAUUCAGGAAUUUAAAUAAAAAUCGAGUGAAUAAAAUCACACUGGCCUGACAAGUUUUUUCCCCCAAUCGACAAUUUUAAUCAUAAAAAAUAAACGGAUACAGUGUAUGUCUUGUGCGAUUCUCAAAUAAACGAACAAUUGUUUUUAAAUAA